AUGGCAGAUGACCGCCCACGGCUGCGGCUGAGGAGGAAAUCAGCACCUGGCCGAAAUGAUCCUGGAAUGCUGCCUAUCGCGAACAUACUAGAUUUGCCAGUGAGUUUGCUUCGCAGCAUCCUGGAAGCAAGCUCACUGGCUGAGCUGGCUGCAUAUCAGCUGGUGAACAGGCAAUGUCAGCAGACUUUGCGAAGCAUCACGCGGGAGGCCACAGUGCCCUUCAACGUGUUCUUGUUGAUUGACAAUGCUUCUGCUGGGCUGGAGGUAUGCGAACUGUGCGCCUUUCGAUCACAGUCUUGGAGCCCAACGAGACCAUUCACGAUCUCGGUAAAGCUACCAAGCUCGGAGCUGGACGUAUGGAUGGAUCGAUUGACGCAGCUUUGUCCAUGCCGUGUUCUGGGGGUGCCCCGAUUUGAGCUGACAGGAGUGGCAGGAGUGUCGGAGCUGUCCGAAUUGAAAUUCCUUGGAGCCCAGCUGGGGCAGGUCAAGCACGUGCGCUUGGAGUCCCUUGAGGAGGAAGAUGUUACCAGGUUCGCUUCUCUUCUGCCAAGCAUGCCCCUCGAAUCGCUGCAGAUAAAGGACUUUGCAAUCGACAGGCCGACACCCAGCACUCUUUCGCCAAUUCUGGGAGUGCUGCCUGCCACUUGCGUGCAACUCGACCUCUGCUACGUCCUUCCUGCGCUGCCAGCGUUGGCCAUGCUGCCAGCCACCGUGCAAAGGAUCGGGACUCUUGUGGUGAUGGAUGAAAUCUUCUACUACUCUCGCAAGGUAGGGAUGAGCUUAUCGCUAUUUGCCCAACGGUUGCCCACCGUCGCCACCAUCACAGAAGUCAAGCUGGUUCUUGGACCUGGCCACUAUGAGGAGCCAUCGUGGCCGGUGGAUGGGGCACACAUCUUUGUGACGGCCUUGCGUGCAAAGCUCCCGAAUCUGGAGCGCAUUCGCAUGAAGGUGCAUGCAGAAUCUGUUGCUGCGCCGCCACUGGUACCAAUUCUUCUGGCAUUGCACGCUAGUGGAAUUGACACGCAGCUCUACCUCGAGGCCCAGCCACCAUUGAGGGACGUGCUUUGCAGCCACGCCAACAUGAAAUGCACGAACAAGGUGACCUUCUUGGAGGCUUUCUAG